UUUACAUUUUACAUACCACUUUAUUAUAGUUUCAAAAAUAUAUAUAUUUUCUCAAAAAAAAAUAUAUAUCUCAGUUUAUUAUUAUUCUAUAAAAGGAAAUGAUCAAAUGUAAUUUAAUAAUUUAAAAUCCACAGCACAUCCAAUUAAUGAAAAAGUGUUUCUUUACAUUGAUAUGGCUGUUUUCACGUGUAAUCUCUUUUGCAUCUCACCUUCUCCAAACGGAGACCCAGCAAUAAGUCAUUGGAACAAAUUAAUAAAGAGACAAGUGGCGAAGGGGAAUCCAUGGCAGGCUAUUCGGUCAUAUACCCACAUGCAAAAACUUGGUCUUUUUCCUGAUAAUUUUACGUUCCCCAUUCUUCUCAAGGCAGCGGCCACUGUCUCCCAUGCUCCUUUUGUGUUUGGACUCCAUGCCCAGGCCAUUAAAGCUGGCUACUCCCAUCACGCUUUCGUCCAAACGGCUCUCCUCAACGCCUACUUUACUGUUGGACUUGUUGAAGAUGCACGUAAUGUGUUUGAUAAAUUGUCUCAGAGAGAUUUAGUAGCUUGGAACUCCAUGAUUGAUGGGUAUGCCUCUAAUGGCCAGAUGGGUAUUGCAUUGGAUCUGUUUGAUUCAAUGCCUGUUAAAGAUGUUUCUUCCUAUAAUAUAAUCCUAGCUGGGUUUGCAGGCUUGAAACAAGUUGAGUCUGCUAGACAAGUGUUCGAUAAAAUGCCUGUUAGAGAUGUUGUUUCGUGGAACUCGGUGAUAUCUGCGUUUGUUAUUGCUGGACAUAUGGCUGAAGCGAAUGCGUUGUUUGAGGAGUCCCCGCUGAGAAAUGUUAUCACAUGGAAUACAAUGAUUACUGGUUAUGUACAAAAUCAACUCUAUUCUGAAGCUAUUGAUUUGUUCGACGAAAUGAGAAGUGGUAAUAAUUCUGAACCGGAUCACUUAUCAGUGACGGCUGCUUUAUCCGCUUGUGCCCAUUUGAGAUUCCUUGAUAAAGGCACUCAAAUAGACUUCUAUGCGAGAAAACAUGGGCAGUUCUUUACUCCUCAUGUUGUGACUGCACUGAUAGAUAUGUAUGCCAAGUGUGGUAGCAUACAGAACUCCUUAGAAGUGUUCUAUAAAUUUGAACAUAAGGAUGUUUAUUGUUGGAAUGCCAUGAUCUCUGGACUUGCUCUCCAUGGUUAUGGUGAAGCGGCUUUGAAAUUGUUCGACGAAAUGAGAGAGAAUUCUAUGAAGCCGGAUGAUAUUACUUUUAUUGGCUUGUUAAGUGCAUGUAGCCAUGCAGGUUUGGUAGAAGAGGGAUGUGAGUUGUUUGAGUGUAUGGAAAGGGAUUUCAAAAUCACUCCAAAGAUAGAGCAUUAUGGAUGCAUUGUUGAUCUUUUAAGCAGGGCUAAAUUUCUUGACAGAGCCUUUCGGAUUAUUGAAACGAUGCCGUUUAAACCGGGAGAUUCCAUAUUGGGUGCUUUGCUUAGUUCUUGUGUGAUUCAUCAGGACCUUCACACUGGGGAGAAAGUGAUAAAUUUAAUCUUUGACAAGGCUAAUAAUGAUGGUCGUAAUAAUCAGUUGAGUGAUGGGGAAUACAUGAUGAUCUCUAACUUAUAUGCAUCUUGUGGUAAAUGGGAAGAAGCUAAUAAAUGGAGAAGUAUGAUGAAUAGUUCAGGCGUUGUUAAGACUGCUGGAAGUAGCAUAAUUGAAGUUGAUGGAAAAUUUCACCAUUUUUUAGCUGGGGAGGUUGAUUUUCACCCAUACUAAAAAAAAAAUACCCAUUUGGGAAUCGGGAUAAUUACAUAUUUUAUGUGUACCUACUGAGGAACAAUAAUAAUGCAAAGGAUUCAUUUAAUUUAUUUGUAACAUGUUUAAAAGUAUGCUUACUUUAAAGCUGGAAAGCAUCAUAAUCAUCAUCAUAAAAGGCUCACUAUACCCCUCCGAUGAAUAUCUGAGUCUCUAGCUAAUCUUCAUUGAAUAUAUUUAUGAAACUUAGUAAGACAUUAUGGGAAGUGAACAUUGGUAUGAAACGUAUUUUUCUUUCCUAUUUUA